CAAUGUCAGACCUUCUCUUCUCCAGCUAUCGGGGACAGGAAUUGGACGUACUCUCCCAUUAGGGGAAAGUAAAAACCACUUUAAGUGUUUUCUUGUCCUCUGAAACUCCCUCAUCAAGAAGGCUUUGAGUUGUUUGUACUGCUAACAAUCACCAUGAAGUGGACAUGGGUGUUUUUAGGGUCCUACUUUCUCUCUUUGGGAGCACUGUCUUUGGGAGAGAAGGGCUUGGAGAUCCCCGAGUAUGACGGCAAAGACCGUGUCCAUACCCUCACUGCCAAGAACUACAAGUCCAUCAUGAGGAAGUACGACGUAAUGGUGAUCUACUACCACAAAAAUGUGGAUGGGAAUCGAAGCGCCAUGAAGCAGCUUCAGAUAGAGGAACUGGCUUUGGAGUUGAUCACAAGCGAAGCAGCCGUGAUCUUCCAGCUCGCCGCCCAAGUUCUGGAUGAGUUCGAAGACGAGGACAUCGGGUUUGGUCUGGUGGAUGAAAAGAAGGCCUCUGCUGUUGCUAAAAAGCUGGGUCUGGAUGAAGUCGACAGCAUCUAUAUCUUUGCAGACAAUGAAAUAAUUGAAUACGACGGAGAGCUGGCUGCAGAUACCAUUGUUGAGUUCCUGUACGAUGUGAUUGAAGACCCUGUGGAGAUCAUCGACAACGACCGAGAGCUGAAGGGUUUCUACAACAUGGAUGAUGUCAUCAGACUGGUCGGCUACUUCAAGAGCGAGAGAUCCCCCCACUUCAUAGAGUACGAUGACGCCGCUGAAGAGUUCCACCCCUUCGUCAAAUUCUUCGCAACAUUUGACCCCAAGAUUGCCAAAAGGCUCAAACUGAAGAUGAAUGAAGUGGAUUUCUACGAGCCAUUCAUGGGAGAAUCCGUCACCAUUCCAGGAAAGCCUUACAUCGAGUCUGAGCUUGUUGAAUACAUCGAACAGCAUGACAGACCGACUUUGAGGAAGCUCCAACCACACAGCAUGUAUGAGAUCUGGGAAGACGAUAUCAAUGGAGAGCACAUAGUCGCCUUCGCUGAAGAGGAUGAUCCAGAUGGUUUUGAGUUUCUGGAGAUCCUGAAGGAAGUAGCGCGUGACAACACAGACGACCCCAACCUCAGCAUCAUUUGGAUCGACCCUGACAAUUUCCCCCUGCUGGUUCCAUACUGGGAGAGAACCUUUGGCAUCGACCUUUCGUCUCCUCAGAUUGGAGUCGUUGAUGUUGAGGACGCUGACAGCGUGUGGAUGGACAUGGAUGACCAGGAUGACAUGCCGACGGCCGAAGAGCUGGAGCAGUGGAUAGAGGAUGUUCUGUCUGGAAAGAUCGAUCCUGAUGAUGACGAUGAUGAUGACGAAGACGAUGAUGAUGAAGACGACGAUGAUGACGACGAAGACGAUGAUGAUGACGACAAUGAUGAAGACGAAGACGAUGAUGACGACGAUGAUGAAGACGACGAUGAUGAUGACGACAAUGAUGAAGACGACGACGAUGAUGAAGACGACGAUGAUGAAGACGACGAUGACGACGAUGAUGAAGACGACGAUGAUGAAGACGACGAUGAUGACGAAUAAUUAAUGUUUUCAUCACUUUGCCAUUAAUGGAGAAACUCUAAGGUUUCUCCAUUAAACUAAAACAUCUGGCAGCAAAAAGACUCGCCUUUUUGAACCUCACAUGUUUCCUCUUGUUCCUGUAACGGCCUGAGGGGAAACUGCCAGCUAGGAAGGAGGUUUCCAUUAAACACCCAGACGGUUAGAAGGGUUCAUGUUCAAAAUGUCCCUAAUGACCGUCUGUCUCCCACCUUUGGACAACUCAACGUCAAUAAAUGGAAAAUAGGGCAGAGAUAAAGUUUCUAAAGGGUUUCAAUGUGAAAUGACUCUUUCUCAAGUUUACUCUUACCUUGUUUCAAUAACAAUGAGAACAAAGUCAUUCUUGUUACAGCUUUAAAAUAAGAAUUAAAUUUCACUGGACAGUCUUAAGCUCAAUAAAUCAGUCAUUGAAAAUGUAUGUUGUAGGUAAUAAACUUGAGAUUGUUUUC